GCCUGCCUUCUUCCCUCUCACCAUGAACAGACAAGCCUGCAAGACGACCUUCAGCAGUGGGGGCCGGGGCUUCUCCGGCCGCUCAGCUGUGGUCUCCGGCAGCAGCAGGAUGAGCUGCGUGGCCCGCUCUGGGGGAGCCAGCGGUGCAGGGGCCUGCGGCUUCCGCAGUGGGGCCGGUGGGGCCGGCGGCUUUGGCAGCCACAGCCUCUACAACCUGGGCGGCACCAAGAGCAUCUCCUGCAGCGUGGCUGCUGGCUCUCGGGCUGGGGGCUUUGGGGGUGGCCGUAGCAGCUAUGGCAGUGGUUUUGGGGGUGGCUACGGAGGUGGCUUUGGUGGAGGUUUGGGUGGUGGCAGAGGAAUGGGAGGUGGCUUUGGAGGAGCAGGUGGCUUUGGUGGGGCUGGUGGCUUUGGGGGAGCUGGUGGCUUUGGGGGCCCAGGUGGCUUUGGUGGGCUUGGUGGCUUUGGUGGCCCUGGUGGCUUUGGUGGUCCAGGUGGCUUCCCUGGGGGGAUCCAGGAAGUGACCAUCAACCAGAGCCUCCUGCAGCCCCUUAACGUGGGGAUUGACCCCCAGAUUGGGCAAGUGAGGACCCAGGAGAGGGAGCAGAUCAAGACCCUCAACAACAAGUUUGCCUCCUUCAUUGACAAGGUGCGUUUCCUGGAGCAGCAGAACAAGGUUCUGGAGACCAAGUGGAAUUUGCUCCAGCAGCAGACCACAGGCUCCGGCUCUGGUCCCAACAACUUGGAGCCUUUCUUUGAGUCCUACAUCAGCUUCCUGCGCAAGCAGUUGGAUCAGGCUGUAAAUGAGAGGGGGAACCUGGAAGGAGAACUGAAGAACAUGGAGGACCUGGUGGAAGACUUCAAAAAGAAGUACGAAGAUGAGAUCAACAAACGCACUGCGGCAGAGAAUGAGUUUGUGGGGCUCAAGAAGGACGUGGAUGCAGCCUACAUGGUCAAGGUGGAACUGCAGGCCAAGGCGGACAGUCUGACAGAUGAAAUCAACUUCCUGAGAACCCUUUAUGAGAUGGAGCUGUCCCAGAUGCAGAGCCACGUCAGCGACACCUCUGUGGUCCUGUCCAUGGACAACAACCGCUGCCUGGACCUGGACAGCAUCAUCGCCGAGGUCAAGGCCCAGUACGAGGAGAUCGCCCAGAGGAGCAAGCUGGAGGCGGAGUCCCUGUACCAGACCAAGCUCGGGGAGCUGCAGUCCACGGCCGGCAGACACGGGGAUGACCUGAAGAGCACCAAGAGUGAGAUCAUGGAGCUCAACAGGAUGAUCCAGAGGCUGCGGGCUGAGAUCGAGAACGUCAAGAAGCAGAACGCCAACCUGCAGGCCGCCAUUGCUGAAGCUGAGCAGCGUGGGGAGCUGGCCCUCAAGGACGCCAAUGCCAAGCUCCAAAGCUUGCAGGCUGCCCUGCAGCAGGCCAAGGAUGACCUGGCCCGGCUGCUGCGUGACUACCAGGAGCUCAUGAACGUGAAGCUGGCCCUGGAUGUGGAGAUCGCCACCUACAGGAAGCUGCUGGAGGGCGAGGAGUGCAGGAUGUCUGGAGAGUGUCAGAGCGCUGUGAGCAUUUCCGUGGUCAGCAAUGUCACCACCAGCAGCAGCAGCUCUGCUGGAAGCCGUGGGGGCUUUGGAGGGGUCAGUGGCAGCAGCAGUGGUGGCUACAGAGGCGGCAGCAGCAGCAGGGGCAGUGGCAGUGGCAGCAGAGGCAGCAGUGGAGGCUACGGAGGCACCAGUGGCGGCAGCAGCAGUGGAGGCUACGGAGGCACCAGUGGUGGCAGCAGCAGAGGCUACGGAGGCACCAGUGGCGGCAGCAGCAGUGGAGGCUACGGAGGCACCAGUGGGGCCAAGGGCAGCAGUGGGGGUUACCAGAGUGGCAGCAGGCUGGGUGGUGGAGGCAGCAACUCCAUGGGUCAGAGUGGAAUCGGCUCCAGCUCCAGUGGCAUCCAGACCUCUGGAAGCAGUGGCUACAAGUCUGGCAGUGGGGGCAGCAGCACUAUCCGCUUCUCCCAGACCACCAGCUCCAGCCAGCACAGCACCAAGUGAUCCUCCAUGGCCACCCCCUCCCCCAACACACACACCACCCCUCAUCCACUUCUCUCCCAGCCUGCAAAAGUAUUCCCCACUCUGCUUGGAGCCUCACCUCGCUUUUCCUCAAGUUCCCCGGAGGAGGGACUACACUUCUUCCCAGAUCCUUCACCCCCAAGGCCUUUCUGGGAUCUGGGAAGGCCAGU